AAUGCUGCAAAUGACUGGGGCCCCGUGUGCAGUCGUCGCUGGGCCCCGCGAAGCUAGGAUUUCCCGUGCCGGCACAGAGGACAGUGGCCAGGGCCGGGGCGUCACCGGGGGAGGCUGCAAAUAUGAAGCCCGAACACUGCGGGCUUCGCUGGGCGGUGGCCCUGCUCCUCGCCGUGGCGGGGGCAGCAGUGGGAGACAAAUGUGGGAGAACCGAGUUCCAGUGCCGAGAUGGGCAGUGCAUCUCCUACCACUGGGUCUGCGACGGAAGAGCAGAGUGCCCUGACGGCUCUGACGAGUCCCAGGAGUCCUGCAUGUCUGUCACCUGCAAGAUGGGGGACUUCAGCUGUGGGGGCCGUGUCAAUCGCUGUAUUCCCCCAUCCUGGAGGUGUGAUGGCCAGAUGGACUGCGUGAAUGGCUCAGAUGAGGAAGGCUGCGCCCCCAAAACAUGUUCCCAGCACGAGUUCCGCUGCCAGGACGGCAAGUGUAUCGCUCCGGAGUUUGUCUGUGACUUGGACCGAGACUGUGAGGACGGCUCAGACGAGGCUUCUUGCCCAGUGACCACCUGUGGCCCCGCCAGCUUCCAGUGCAACAGCUCCUCCUGCAUCCCCCAACUGUGGGCUUGCGAUGGGGACCCUGAUUGUGAGGAUGGCUCAGACGAGUGGCCAGGGAGCUGCGGGGGCCUCGACCCACUGGCCAGGCGGCGGGACAGCAACCCCUGCACCACCCUGGAGUUCCACUGUGGCAGCGGCGAGUGCAUCCAUGCCGGCUGGCACUGCGAUGGCGACCCCGACUGCAAGGACAAGUCUGACGAGGAGAACUGCACCACUGUCACGUGUCGGCCUGAUGAGUUUCAGUGUUCUGAUGGGACUUGCAUCCACGGCAGCCGCCAGUGCAACAGGGAGUAUGACUGCAAGGACAUGAGUGAUGAACUCGGUUGCAUCAACGUGACCCUGUGUGAGGGGCCUGACAAGUUCAAGUGCCACAGUGGUGAAUGCAUCACCAUGGACAAAGUGUGCAACUCAGUCAGGAACUGCCGGGACUGGUCAGAUGAACCCCUCAAAGAGUGUGGAACCAAUGAGUGUUUAGACAACAAGGGUGGCUGCUCCCACAUCUGCAAUGACCUCAAGAUUGGCUACAAGUGCUUGUGCCCUGAGGGCUUCCGCCUGGUGGACCAGCGCAGAUGUGAAGAUAUUGAUGAGUGUCAGAACCUCGACACCUGCAGCCAGCUCUGUGUGAACAUCCAGGGCAGCUACAAGUGCGAAUGCAUGGAGGGCUUCCAGCUGGACCCCCGCACCAAAGCCUGCAAGGCCUUGGGCACCAUCGCCUACCUCUUUUUCACCAACCGCCAUGAGGUGAGGAAGAUGACUUUGGACCGAAGUGAAUACACCAGCCUCAUCCCCAAUCUAAAGAAUGUGGUCGCUUUGGACACUGAGGUGGCCAGCAACAGAAUCUACUGGUCUGACCUGUCCCAAAGGAAGAUCUAUAGCACCCAGAUUGACAGAGCCCAUAGCUUUUCUUCCUACGACACCGUCAUUGGCGAGGACCUCCAGGCCCCUGAUGGGCUGGCAGUGGACUGGAUCCAUGGCAAUUUAUACUGGACUGACUCUGUCCUGGGCACCGUCUCUGUGGCUGACACCAAGGGGGCCAAGAGAAAGACGCUUUUCAAGGAGAAAGGCUCCAAGCCUCGGGCCAUUGUGGUGGAUCCUGUUCAUGGCUUCAUGUACUGGACAGACUGGGGAACCCCAGCCAAGAUCAAGAAGGGGGGCCUAAAUGGUGUGGACAUUUACUCUCUGGUGACAGAAGAUAUUCAGUGGCCCAAUGGCAUCACUCUGGAUCUUUCUGGUGGCCGCCUAUAUUGGGUAGACUCCAAGCUCCACUCCAUCUCCAGCAUUGAUGUCAAUGGAGGGAACCGGAAGACUGUUUUAGAAGAUGAGAAGAAGCUGGCGCACCCCUUCUCCUUGGCCAUCUUCGAGGAUAAAGUCUUUUGGACAGACAUCAUUAAUGAAGCCAUUUUCAGUGCUAACCGCCUCACAGGCUCAGACAUUAAUAUGGUGGCUGAAAACCUAUUGUCCCCAGAGGAUAUUGUCCUUUUCCACAACCUCACGCAGCCAAGAGGGGUGAACUGGUGUGAGAGUCCUGCCCUCCAAAAUGGUGGCUGCCAGUACCUGUGCCUCCCAGCCCCACAGAUCAACUCCCGCUCACCCAAGUUCACCUGUGCCUGCCCAGACGGCAUGGUGCUGGCCAAGGACAAGAAGAACUGCCUUGUAGAGACCGAACCCGCAGUGACCACCCGGGGGCCCUCCACAGUCACGUCACCAGCUGUGGUGCCGAAGCACACCAUCCGGCCAAAGUCGGAGGUCAUCCUUGAGCUCACCACAACUGAAACAGUGACCAUGACACAUCAAGUCCUGGGUGACGGUGCCAGCAGAGGAGAGGUGGAGGGCUCCGGCAGCAUGAAGGCUUUGUACACCGUCCUCCCCAUCUCACUGAUCGUCGUGCUGAGCGUUAGUACCUUCCUGUUCUGGAGGAACUGGCGGCUUAAGAGCAUCAACAGCAUCAACUUCGACAACCCCGUGUACCAGAAGACCACAGAGGACGAGGUGCACAUCUGCCGCAGCCAGGACGGCUACACCUACCCUUCGAGGCAGAUGGUCAGCCUGGAGGAUGAUGCUGCUUGAGUCAACGGCCUUGGGCCCAUCCCUCCCAGGAACCUGCUGGAGGUCACAGGCAGGAAGGACACUUUUCCCCUGGACCCUUGACCCUUGCUGAG